CGGACUCUUCGGCUGCCAUGGUGCUGACAGCCAUGCAGGAAACCUUGGGAAUGGGGUGCAAGUGUGCUCCCUUGAGAAGGGAGAGGGCUAAAUUGUUCUGAGCUAUCUUUCCAUUGACUUUUCCCUUCUUGUGAGCAUAGAUUCCUUGUUAUUCCCUCUCCCUGGACUGCCUAGAUUCUUUACCAGGUGUUCUGCCAAUUCUCUCUAUUCAUCUUUCUGCUCAGUGGACAGUAUUCCAGGAGCUGAUCUGCCUAUGAGGUGAUGGGGCAAGUUCUCUGUAGUAUAUGUUUUGGGGAGAGAGUGGUGCUCUGGGCCAACACCAUCCUGUUAGGUAGCUGGCCCUUAAAGCUCCCCAGAAGACCAGGAAAUAUAGAAUCUACUGCCCCAUCUUCUUCAAUGAACCCAGCCUGUGACUAUUGAUUUCACCACACUUGUUUAUGGUCUUCUUGGUGUCCAAAGGGGAACCUGUGACAGUAAUAUUAUUAGGAAGAGAUAGAAAGGGAGGGACAAAUUGUGGUGAGGAAAGUGGAGGAGGAAGGAAGAAAGCAAUAGUAGAUAUUACAAUGUUUUCCUUUGCUUCCUGGGACCAGAACCUCAGGUGCACUCAACCCCUGUCACUGUGCAUCUGAAUUCUUUCCUCAUCUCUGUAAACUAACUAAUAAUACAAUAGCCCUAUUGGAAUCAUAAGCUGAUGUCUGUCUUUCCUUCUGGUGUUUCUGUCUGUUCUGACAGUUGAUGAUGAGGACGCCACAGUCAACAAGAUUGCAUAUCUACACCCUAUCCCCCAGCCUAUUCCUUACGUUGAUACAUUCUGGAAAGACUUAGAAAAGUUGUUGUUCCAGUCUCUCUGAUGAGCCAAGUCACUGGAAAUCGAGAUUAGUUUGGCUUCUCUUCUCUGUGCUCAGUACUUGGGCUCUGCACCUUCACCUUGGCAGUGGCAUUGGCUGCAGUCCUGCUCUUGCCCUUUUCCAUCCUCAGCAAUGAAGUGCUGCUCUCCCUUCCCCGAAACUACUAUAUCCAGUGGCUCAAUGGCUCUCUCAUCCAUGGACUCUGGAACCUUGUCUUUCUCUUCUCUAAUUUGUCCCUUGUCUUCCUCAUGCCCUUUGCCUACUUUUUCACUGAGUCAGAAGGCUUUGCUGGUUCCAAGAAGGGGGUCCUGGGCAGGGUAUAUGAAACAGUGGUGAUGCUGCUGCUCUUGUCACUGCUGGUGCUAGGCAUGGUGUGGGUGGCCUCUGCUAUUGUGGACAACAGCAAGACAAGCCAGGAGUCUUUAUAUGAUCUCUGGGAGUACUACCUUCCCUACCUCUAUUCCUGCAUCUCUUUUCUUGGUGUGUUACUCCUUCUGGUGUGUACACCACUAGGCCUGGCCCAAAUGUUCUCUGUCACAGGGAAGCUGCUGGUCAAGCCCAGGCUGCUGGAGGACCUGGAAGAACAGCUGCAUUGUUCAACCUUUGAGGAGGCAGCUCUAACCCGGAGGAUGUGUAAUCCCACUUCCUGCUGGCUGCCCCUGGACAUGAAACUGCUGCACAGACAGGUCGUGACCCUGCAGACACAGAGGCUCAUGCUGGAGAAACGACAGAAGGCCUCUGCUUGGCAGCGAAACCUGGGUUAUCCACUGGCCAUGUUAUGUCUGCUGUUGCUGACGGGCCUCUCUGUGCUCAUUGUUGCUAUUCACAUCCUGGAGUUGCUCAUUGAUGAGGCAGCCAUGCCCCGUGGCAUGCAGGAUACCUCCUUGGGCCAGGUGUCAUUCUCCAAGCUGGGCUCCUUUGGUGCCAUCAUUCAGGUUAUCCUCAUCCUUUAUCUGAUGCUGUCAUCUGUGGUAGGCUUCUAUAGCUCCCCAUUGUUUCGAGGCCUUCGACCUAAACAGCAAGAUACAGCCAUGACCCAGAUCAUUGGGAACUGUGUCUGUCUCCUGGUGCUGAGCUCAGCCCUGCCUAUUUUCUCUCGUACGCUAGGGCUUACCCGAUUUGACUUGCUGGGUGACUUCGGGCGUUUCAAUUGGCUGGGAAAUUUCUAUAUUGUGUUCCUGUAUAAUGCAGCUUUUGCUGGCCUUACCACCCUUUGCCUGGUCAAGACAGUCACUGGAGCAGUUCGGGCUGAGCUCAUCCGGGCCUUUGGUGAGGGGGGAAGGGAUUGGAGUUGGGGAUGCCGGGUUAAAGAGGAUGAUAGGAGGUUUCCGAGGCUGAAUGGAGAGUCAUGAUUGACAGGUAGGGGUAUAAAUAAACAAAUUUUUAUCUAUUUAUUAUCUAAUGAACCAAACCAAGUAGCUUACUGAGUGAGUGACUUUACUACCAGAGAGCCUUACCUCUGACUGCCCGUCUUUCCCCCCAGGUCUUGAUAGACUACCACUACCUGUCUCUGGAUUUCCACGUCGAGACAGCAAGACACAACUCCAGUGACCUUGAUCUUAGAGUUGGGUGGAAUGGAGAAGACUGAAUACUGCCAGGCUUGGAAUGGAGUCCUGGAGGGGGACUGGGUGCUCUCCGAGGCCUGGAAUUUUUUGUGUGUGGGGAGGAGUUGGCAGAUAGCUAAAGACCUUUGCACUGCUGUAUAAUCUGAGCCAAAGUUUGGGGCCCAUUUCUUUUCCGUCCCCCUCCCCCUUUUACCAACCCUUUUCAGAAAAAUGUGGGCCUCUGGCUGGAAGGCUGGAUACCUGCAAAAUCAGCUCCUAGCCUCAUCUCCGUUUACAUAUUAAUCUGCCUCAUUAUAGUCUUGGGCACUGUCCCUGGCCAUGUUUACAUGAUCUGAUGUGCAAUAGGGGAGGGAAGGAAUUGGGAAGUGGGGAGAGAAAGGGGAGAUAGACCAUUUCUCUGGAACACGUUGACCUUAGCCCUCUGUUGUCUUGCCCCUAGCAGAACUGAGCCCUCUGUAGGGCCUCUCUCAAUGAGCUGGGUCCUAGGAUGGGAUGAGAUCAAGAAGGGGUUUGUUUCCUCUGAAGCUAAUCUUUGUCCUCUUCUUUCUUUUCUCCUAUUUUUCCCUCCCCCAAAUAAAGUUGUUUUCGUGGGUUCUUUAAAAA